AUGGAAUCAAACCGAGUUUUAUUAACUCCUGAAGGCUGGGAUGCCAACGACGAUAAAAUGAACCCAGACGUCAGUGAUUUUGAUGAUACGGACAGUGAGUGUAACAGCUCAUCACAAUCAAUCCCUUUAGCCAGAUAUCCUUCGCUGGCGGAACUCUCGUCGAUAGCUACAAAUUGCGUGUCGAAUAAAAUGGUUUCUGAUGAGUCACUGGUGCAGGAGGAAAAGAAUUUGCCGGUUGCUGGCAUCGAAGAUUGCAAACAUCAAAUUACAAGUCAGCUGCUGAACAGUGUUUGGAAUCAAGGACUUCCCGCUACCCCGCCAAAGUUAGCAGAUACAUCAAAGAACUGCACAAAUCAAACCGGUGAUGAUCCACUCACACCUACAGCUAAUCUUAAAAUGCUUGUUAGUGCUGCAAGCCCGGCAAUUCGCGAUCGCGAGAUAAAGAAAAGGGAACUCUUUCCUGGUCAAAAUUCUAACACCUUCGAGGCACUUCACAUGGCGGCGAGCUCGCUAAUUUCAAAUUCAAAACAGUCUGAAGCUCUUGUAGACGAAAAAUUCAUAAAAGAAGAGUCUUCCCAACUUGAUUGCGGAGGAAACAAGAUAACUGUUAGCAGAAAGGACAAAUCGCUUGGCCUUUUGUGUCAGAAGUAAGUAGAAAAUUGGAGAUAUGAGCGUUGCUAGUGAUUAACUGUUUAGCGCCAAAUUUGGCCGAAUUUGGCGAGAGGUGGCAAUGUUUGAAUUUGUAAUGACAGUGGACGCGUUUUGUUUACGCGCCAAAUUAGUUGCUGUUUUUGUUCUGUUCUGAUGCUUCCUUGAUGUUAAAUAGUUUAUUUCCCUUGGAGGCGAGAUUAGGACUAAUUUUCACAGAAACCUUCCAUAAAAUUAAAAUGGCAUGACAACAACCUUGCGUUACACAUGUAAUGGCUUACUCAUUUUAGAAGCUUUCUAAUUAAUGAAGUCACGAUAAUUUAAGUUUCUCAAAACAAAAGUCUGGUGGAUAGUAUUUAGAAGAAACAUAACUUGAGAUCAUUUGACAUAAGUAGCAAGUAAACAUAAAUGUGUAACUUAAUUUCAAAGUGCAUGUAGCUUAAACUACUGUUUUGUAUUUCUAGACAAGUAUGUAUGCUCUAUUUGCAACAGGUUUCUCUCAAAAUACCCAGAAUAUCCAAAGAGGAAUGAAUUUAUUGAAAUUAGCUUGGAUGACGUCGCAAAGGAUCUCAGUAAGAAAGACUCUCUUAAUAUAAAAUAA